AUGGAAGGCUCUCAGCUCCUCGAAGCUGGCCUUCCCAGAGGCGAUGACAUCGCUGCAUGUGUACUCUCCAAGUACGACGAGCUGCCUCAGAAAUGCAAACCUCGCGUUCGAGGGGAAGGCUCGCGAGAGUGGGUCCCGCUUGCUGGCAUAGUUCUAUCAAGUAACAAUCAUGGUCGACAGCUGGAGUGCGUGGCAGUAGGAACUGGGAUGAAGUGCCUGCCUGCCUCAAAGUUGGCGGACGCGCAUGGAACUGUCUUGCAUGAUUCACAUGCUGAAGUGAUCGCCGUUCGAUCAUUCAAUCGAUUUCUACUUGAGCAGUGCCUACAACUUGCUAAUGACCCUACUUCAACAUCGCUCUACGUCAGACGACGAUCUCCUUGCGAUGCCACGUCAGGUACCCUCCAACCCUUCGAGAUCCGUCAAGAUGUAUCCAUUCAUAUGUAUGGCUCUGAAGCACCGUGUGGUGAUGCUAGCAUGGAGCUCAUCAUGGCUGCCCAAGAGGACGCUACGCCUUGGGCUAUCCCACCUGUGUCAGAUAUGGACGGCACCUCGUCCGAUCCGGUUGCGCUGAAGGGUCGAGGGUCGUUUGGAGAAUUGGGAAUCGUUCGGCGCAAGCCCUCUCGCUCAGAUGCUCCAGAUACUCUUAGCAAGUCCUGCACGGAUAAGUUGACAAUGUAUCAGUACAUGUCACUCCUUAACUCCGUGACUUCACUCUUCGUCGCCCCUGGAAACGCGUAUCUCUCGUCCUUUACCAUCCCAAAGUCGCAAUUCAUAGAGUCGGCCUUUGUUCGUGCGUUUACAACAUCCGGGCGUUUGAAAGACGUGAAAUUUACUGGAGAUGUCCCUUACGUGUUCAAGCCUUUCGCGGUUCAAACCACAGAUCUUGAAUUUCAAUGGUCACGGAGGGCAGCCGUUGCCGACGGAAAGGCGAUUCCCAGUAAUGUCAGUGCGGCAUAUACUGUCUACAGUACGGAGGCGCUCAUCGGCGGGGUACUACAAGGACGAAAGAAUAGCGAUCCCCGAGGAGCAUGCGCAAUUUGCCGCAAGAGUUUGUGGAAGAUUGCUGCCGAACUUGCAAACCUUCUGGACGAGGAUCUUUUGGAUAGUGCCUUGAAGGUAAGCUCAUACGGUGAAAUAAAGGGAAGUGAACUCCUUGCCCUACGAAGAAGAAUGAAAAACGAGCUCAAAACGCAAAAUCUGAAAGGAUGGGUUCCUAACGUUGGAGACGAAAGCUUUCAUCUUCUUUAGAAUCUGCGAUGGAGUCAUAUUACAACAGA